AUGGCUCACCAUACUACAUUUCUUUGGAUAAUUUCGGUCCUGCUUCUUCAGAAUUCUGUGUUAGCUGAAGAUGGGGAAAUAAGAUCAAGUUGUCGUACUGCUCCGACAGAUUUAGUUUUCAUCUUGGAUGGCUCUUACAGUGUUGGCCCAGAAAACUUUGAAAUAGUGAAAAAGUGGCUUGUCAAUAUCACCAAGAACUUUGAUAUAGGACCAAAGUUUAUUCAGGUUGGAGUGGUCCAGUACAGUGACUACCCUGUCCUGGAGCUCCCCCUGGGGAGCCACGAGUCGGGAGAGAGCUUGAUGGCGGCCAUGGAGUCAAUACAUUACUUGGGAGGAAACACGCGGACUGGAAAGGCCAUCCAGUUUGCCCUUGAUUACCUUUUUGCCAAGUCCUCACGAUUUCUGACCAAGAUAGCAGUAGUUCUUACGGACGGUAAAUCCCAAGAUGAAGUCAAGAAUGCUGCAGAAGCAGCAAGAGAUAGUAGAAUAACGUUAUUUGCCAUUGGUGUUGGGUCAGAAACAGAAGAGGCAGAACUUAGAGCUAUUGCCAACAAGCCUUCAUCCACCUAUGUGUUUUAUGUGGAAGACUACAUUGCAAUAUCCAAAAUAAGGGAGGUGAUGAAGCAGAAACUUUGUGAAGAAUCUGUCUGUCCAACACGAAUUCCCGUGGCAGCACGUGAUGAGAAGGGGUUUGAUAUUCUCUUAGGCUUGGGUAUAAAGAAAAAGGCUAAGAAGAGAAUUCAGCUUUCACCAACAAAGAUUAAAGGAUAUGAAAUAACAUCAAAAGUUGAUUUAUCAGAAUUCACAAGUAAUGUUUUCCCAGAAGGUCUUCCUCCAUCAUACGUAUUUGUCUCCACUCAGAGAUUUAAGGUCAAGAAAAUGUGGGAUUUAUGGAGAAUUUUAACCAUUGAUGGAAGACCACAAAUAGCAGUUACCUUAAAUGGAGUGGAUAAAACAUUAUUAUUUACAACAACCAGCAUCAUUAAUGGCUCACAAGUGGUCACCUUUGCUGACCCUCGAGUUAAGACAUUAUUUGAUGAAGGCUGGCAUCAGAUUCGUCUCUUAGUAACAGAACAAGAUGUAACUCUGUAUAUUGAUGAUCAACAAAUUGAAAACAAGCCAUUACAUCCAGUGUUAGGGAUCUUCAUCAGUGGGCAAACCCAAAUUGGAAAAUACUCUGGGAAAGAAGAAACUGUUCAGUUUGAUGUCCAAAAGCUGCGAAUCUACUGUGACCCAGAGCAGAACAACCGGGAGACAGCAUGUGAAAUACCUGGAUUUAAUGGUGAGUGCUUCAACGGUCCCAGUGAUGUAGGUUCAACCGCAGCUCCCUGUAUUUGUCCUCCAGGAAAACCAGGACUACAAGGGCCCAAAGGUGACCCCGGACAGCCUGGGAAUCCUGGCUACCCUGGACAGCCUGGUCAAGAUGGUAAGCCUGGAUAUCAGGGAAUAGCAGGAUCACCAGGUGUUCCAGGAUCCCCGGGAAUACAAGGAGCACAAGGACUGCCGGGUUACAAAGGAGAACCUGGGAGAGAUGGAGAAAAGGGUGACCGUGGACUUCCUGGUUUUCCUGGGCUUCAUGGAAUACCAGGAUCAAAGGGUGAAAUGGGCCCCAAAGGAGAAAAAGGAUCACCUGGAUUUUAUGGCAAAAAGGGCGCAAAAGGUGAAAAGGGAAGUGCUGGCUUUCCUGGCCUUCCUGGACGUGCUGGAGAACCUGGAAGACAUGGAAAGGAUGGAUUAAUGGGUAGCCCUGGUUACAAGGGAGAAGCAGGACCUCCAGGUGCUCCGGGGCAGGAUGGAUCUCGAGGAGAACCUGGCAUCCCAGGAUUUCCUGGAAACCAAGGAUUAAUGGGACAAAAAGGAGAUAUUGGGCCUCCAGGACCGCUAGGGAAGAAAGGAGCUCCAGGAAUACCUGGUUUGAUGGGAACCGAUGGCUCACCAGGUCAGCCUGGAGCCCCAGGAUCUAAGGGAAAUAAAGGUGAACCCGGACUUCAAGGGCUGCCUGGGGCUUCUGGGCUCAAGGGAGAGCCAGGAGCGGUGGGUCCCCCAGGAGAACCAGGAUACCUGGGUUUGCCUGGAAUUCAAGGGAAAAAGGGGGACAAAGGAAAUCAAGGUGAAAGGGGCAUUCAGGGUCAAAAGGGAGAAAAUGGAAGACCAGGGAUUCCAGGAUCACAGGGAAUUCCAGGCCAUCACGGUGCAAAAGGAGAGAGAGGUGAAAAGGGAGAGCCUGGUGCCCGAGGUGCCACUGGAGCCAAAGGAGAGUCUGGGGUGGAUGGUCUGAUGGGGCCCCCGGGCCCCCAGGGGCCACCCGGGCAAGCAGGUCCUCCGGGCCCCCCAGGACUGGAUGGGAAACCCGGGAGAGAAUUUUCAGAAGAGUUUAUUCGACAAGUUUGCACUGAUGUAUUAAGAGCCCAGUUACCUGUCUUACUUCAAAGUGGAAGAAUUCAAAGCUGUGAUCAUUGCCAGCCCCAGCACGGCUCCCCUGGUAUUCCAGGGCCACCCGGUCCCAUGGGCCCAGAAGGUCCCCGAGGAUUCCCUGGUUUGCCAGGAAGAGACGGUGUUCCCGGAUUAAUGGGAGCUCCGGGACGCCCAGGUGCCAAAGGACUAAAAGGCCUCCCUGGACGGAACGGGGCAAAGGGGAGCCAAGGACUUGGGUACCCUGGAGCACAAGGUCCUCCUGGUCCCCCAGGUCCAGAAGGGCCCCCUGGAAUAAGCAAAGAAGGUCCUCCUGGAGACCCAGGCCUCCCUGGCAAAGAUGGAGACCACGGAAAACCCGGAAUCCAAGGACAGCCAGGCGCCCCGGGCAUCUGUGAUCCAUCACUGUGUUUUAGUGUCAUUGUUGGAAGAGACCCCUUUAGAAAAGGACCAAACUAUUAG